AAGAGCAUGACUAACGCCUAGGCUGGCUUUUGUAUAAGCUCAUCGGCGUUGAGUUUAAUUGGCCAGCUCAAGAACGGCGCCGGUCAGUUGAUCACGUACUCACGUGAAUCCGCCCAGGCGAUAAGCACUCAAAUGAGCAAAGCCCAACCCCUCCAUCUUUGCUAUCGAGAGCGGGCAACCGGAACAUCCGCCCUAGGCUUUGCGCUUUGCAGUUGCGACUCAUCGGUUCGCGCCUCAUCAGUUAUCAUGUCGGAACCUGAAAACGGAACGGAGAGCCAGGAGAGGAAGCGGGACCUUGUUGGCAAGUUUCUAUCUGAAAAUCUCACCAAAGGCGAGCUAGCCCUGAAACAUGCUGCCGGGUUGGGAGUUCAACCCAGUGUAGUCCCUGUGACGGACCCUGUGCUCGAUGGGCCGCUGCGGCCGGUCGAAGUCGGCUGGCAUCCAGUGGGCGGCCUGGCCGGCAAGUGGUUCGCUGAAGAUACCGGGCUGGGUAAGAUGAUUACAGAAAAGAUUCAUAAAUACCCGGAUCCCACGCAGCACUGGGCGGUGCUUGUCGGCGACUAUGCCCAUCAGCUGUGGAUGGACGAGAAUUUCGAUGUCAUCUAUACCAACGAGAAGGUCAAUCGAGAGGAAUGGCAAACUUUUAAAGUGGGUGAGACACGCUUCAAUGAUGAUGCAAUUCGGCGGGCUGGAGAAUCUGUGAUCCAAGCCAUUAGAGACAAGCGACCCGGAUACAACCUCAUCACCAACAACUGUCAAACCUACGCCUUACAGCUGCUUGACGCUAUCAAGGUCGGCAUGCGUAAGGAAUUCGGCACCACUCUAGCCGUCUACGAGAGACUUACCGGUUCUGGCAAGGUCAUCGACCUCUUCGCUAAGACAGAGGAUGUGGAUCAAGGAGGAGAGGGACCGGCCGGAGAAAACACAGUCUCGCUUGCACAGCAGGUCAUGGACGAAAACACAACGCAGUUGGACCCUCAUGAGGAACUGGACAAGCACAAGCGCCGAAAGAACCAAAAGGACGGCGAGGACAACGAGGAUAAGGACCGAAAGGAUCACAAGGAAAGCAAGCUCAACAGUCUACUUUCUCGCUUCACAAAUUCCACGCUGUCAGAUACGCCAGAAAAAUCGGACAAUGACGGGGAACGAAAGGAGCCGGGGGACUCAGAGGACCAGAGGGACCAGAGGGACCAGAGGGACCAGAGGGACCAAGAGGACCAAAAGGACCGAGAGGCGCCUAAGGACCGAGGGGAACACAAGGAAAGCAAACUCAACACCAUCUUUUCUCGCCUUAAAAACUCAAAGUCGGAUACGCAGGAAGAGCCCGACAGACGCACGGAUCGAGAAGAGCACAAGGACCCAGAGGAGCCCAAAGACCUAGAGGAGUCCAGUGACCGAAAUGAGCAGAAGGGGGGCAAGCGUAGCUCCCUCUUUUCUCGUUUUGGUCGAAAGUGAGUGCCAUCAUAGAAAACAGCAGCCCUGGCCGAACCACUUGGCGCGCAGAUUGCCCUCAACGGUUCCUGUCUCACUGAGUGGUCUUGAGUCACAAUCCAUGCGUGAGCCAGCCUUGCAAUCACUUUCGUAGCAAUCUCCUUGGGAGAAACCAUCAGAAUAGAGUCAAUAGCGAUGAAACAAUUUUAAUUUUGAA